AACUUGAUCUCAAUAGGCGCGUCAGUUUGAAAUUUAAAUUUUCUCAUCGCAUGCAGGCAUUAUUUCUAGAAAUUCAGUUCACUUCGAGCAGUCAGUUCAACAAAUUAUAUACGAACACAAAAUGGGGAAUUUUAAAUGGGAUCUGGAUUUAGCGAAGAAACUGGCAGCCGAAUUUACGGGCACAGCAAUGUUAAUGACGCUUGGAUGCUCCAUAGCGCAGUUUUCAAAAUCAUAUAGUGAGGUAUCAUUAGGCUGGGGAUUCUCCUAUGCAGCAGCCAUACAUACGUUCGCCUUCCUCAGUGGCGCUCAUAUCAAUCCAUGGGUCAGCGUGAGCGCCACCAUUGUGGGCGUGAUGGAAUGGGAACUGAUGUUAUGCUACAUAGCCUGUCAAUUAUUGGGCGCCUUUGGUGGAUUUGGAUUGGCCUAUGUCGCGCUGCCCGAGAAUAGUAAACACUUUUGUACGACCAUGGCGGGCGCAAAUUUUGAUGAAUGGAAAAUUAUACUCGUGGAGUUUAUGCUAUGUGGAUUCUUGUUAUUUGCAUAUUGCGCCAUUUGGGACAAACGCAGCAAAGCCGCUUACGAUUCAUAUUCCCUGCGCAUUGGUUUCAUAAUUGCCGCACUUUGCUUUGCUGGCCACUUUCAUGGUGGCUGCAGCGUGAAUUUCUUUCGUUCCUUGGCACCUGCCGUGGUGCAAUUGGAGUUUGAUGGUCUCUGGGCAUAUUUUGUGGGACAAUUGGUGGCCGCUAUUCUUGUGCCAGUUCUCUGGCGCUUUGUUAUAGCCGACGAAAAGCCGGAACCGAUGGAGUAAACCAAAUUUUUUAGUAAAUAGGAAAU